AUGAACAUCCUCCUCCUCCUCUUCCUCAGCCUCCUCCAACUCAUCAGCGCCGCGAAAUCCGGCACCUACAACGCCGGCUGGCCCGUGGCCGGCACCUGGGUGGCGACCGACACGGUGUUCGCGCGCGAGACCGGCAUCGACAAGUAUCGGUUCACCAAAGCGGACGGAAUCUUCUACACGUACCAGCUGGACAUCAACGUGGCCGAGGUGCAAGGGUCGUUCGGCAGCACCUACGUGUUUUAUGAAACGACGGACGAGUAUUACCUCACGGUCUUCACCCGCGGCGUGCACACAAUCAAUUUCAACACCCAGGAUCCGUAUAUCUUGCAGGUCAAGGUUGUCGAGGGUUAAGCCUGAUAGUCUUUGAACCUGGGGGUGAGGGUGCUGUUUUGAAGGCUGGAUUUGUGGGAGAGGGGUAGAAGGCAGAGGGCGGUUCUGCGUUUCUCAGCUGCAGUUCAACAUGAUAGUUACUUCGGACUCGGACAUCCAACAUGCCAGAGUGGUGAUAGUUAUAUUUGCGGGUAGCACGGAAUCUGUUGCGGUAACUUUUGUAUUCCCAGUUGAUGAGAAGAUGGAAGAAUAAAUGUGGUAUUACCGAUAUAAUUACCAAGCAAGUUGGCUAU